UGGCUUCUACAUGAGAACAUGAAAUAAGUGAGCAAAGACAAACUAAACCCUGAAAGCCUCUUGUUUUCUUUGUUUUUCCAAUCUCCAUCCCACGUGGCCUUUCCAAAGAACCAGGUGAAUGCAGUACUGGGUGUGUUGGCAGGUGUAAGAACAGGUUGAGCAGGUUGUGAAUGCCACUCUUGUAGGCCCUCCUCCUCCUUUUAUCCAUUUCUCUCUCCAGGACAACCAAUGAUUCAUUCUUACAUAUUGGCAGGCCAGCGAAGACGUUUCGGUGCACCUGUUCUCAUCUGACACAGCUUAAAAAAUAAGAAAAACAACAGAAAAAUGAAGCCUUUAAAAAUCACAGCAAGCCUCCUCCUGCUUCUUCAAGCAUUUCACCUGGUAUGUCUGCAAAAUUCAACCGACUCUCCGGGACGUACAAUUGAUAAGACCUGGCUCCGUCAGCUGCCCAGAAAUGAAGUCCAAAGUGAAAAUGCUGCAUCUAGCGGAGACGGUGGAUUUGACCAGGGAACUGAUCAGGUAACAGCAUUCAACAAUGGCUUGAGCAGCGGAAUAGCAUCUGGCUUCAUGGCUGAAGAGGAGGAGAAUAUGACAAGUCAGGAUAAGAGUGCAAAUUCAAGUGAUGUCAGCACAAUCAUGCCCCAUGCAUUUGAAAAUGAAACAGCUGAAGAACCAAAAUUGCCAGACGCGGCCAUCUCUCCGAGAAAUGUGACCACGUCUGCAAACUCAAGCCAAACCAACAUGAUGGACCCUGAAGAGGAGUUCAACUCAACUACAACUAGCGCUAGAGGCCUCUCCAAUAACCCUAACUUACAGUCCACAACGACCACGGAAAAACCUGCAACAACAACAACAACAACUGUAACACCUGAAAAAGAUGAAAGAUUAAGAAACCUGACAGAAAAUACCAACACAUCUGUGACAACCACAGCAUCACCUGAGAUGAACGGGUCAACCACUGUUACCACAGCAGCACCAGAGAUACAGGGGUCAACCACUGUAACCACAGCAGCACCAGAGAUACAGGGGUCAACCACUGUAACCACAGCAGCACCAGAGAUAAAGGGGUCAACCACCAAAUCUUCAACUACAACUGAGCCACCAUAUGAAACCACACAAACAAGGUCUGAGAGCACCACUACUGCAGUUUUAGACACACCGGAAUCGGCUAACAAGAAAAUUGGAAUUGGCUCGGAUCGGGGUUCUGCGACAGACACAGGUUCAGUAGUGGAUCCUUACAGGAGUAAGAGGAGUGUGGCUUGGUUGGCCGUGCUGGGAACAGCAGCUGUGACAGCCGUCGUGGGAUUGGUGGCCUACAUCAUUCUGAAAAAGAAACAUCAGAAAGCUUUCACUCACAGAAAGCUGGUGGAGGAGUACCCUUCAGAUCCAGUCCUCAGAUUAGACAAUGGUGAACCUUUGGACCUGAACUAUGGCAGUUACUACAACCCAGGACUCCAAGGGGACAGCAUUCAAAUGACCAACAUUCCAGGACGACGCUGAAACUUAAAAGGACUCCCUGGACCAACACCUGGAUGCAUUCCAGAAAGAAAUUGAGAAAAUUGUCUUUUUUGGGGAAAGAAGAAUGGGAAGUGUUGGAAAAAGAACUGUCGUAGAGUGGCGCUUGCUAAUGGGAAAAAAGGGAUCCAUUUACAAUAAUCUAGGUUUCAGAUACAAAUCAUGCAUUGUAUUUGCUAAGCCAGUCUAAAUUACACUGCGACAGCCAAAAUGAACUUUCUGCCAUUUAAGUAUGUUGCCAAAGAGAAUCAAAUGAAGGCUUUCCAAUUUUGAACAUUUAUUUUAAAUUUGCUUUUGAUGAAGGAUGCAAAAGAUUGUACAACUUUUUGAGUGUUUUGAAGGCAAAAAAACACCACAUGAAGCUGAGCUGAAGAAAAAAGACUCCUGCGAAUUUGGCUCCUGCCAGUUAAAACAAACAAAAAAAAACACAACUGCUGUUUUCCAAUUCUUAAAUACCAGAUAACACUGUGACCAGCUGAGACAUUUGAUACAAAAUUCAGAAACCCAGAUGAACAAUGAAUUUUUAUUUAUCAGUAAUCACUUGCUGUUACAGCACAAUACAGGACACUACAAGUCCUAUUUAAACUUCAAUUUGAACUAUUCGGUAACUGGUAGUCACAGGAUGAGUUUGUGAAUUAUAAAAUGAUUUAGUUUGUUUUCUGCACUACUGAGGGAGGCGGAGGAAAGCUGGAUGCCGUUUUGUUAUUCAUGGAAUGAUUUUAUUUCAUAAGGGGAGUUGUGUACUUAUUUUUAGCACUUUUUAGUUACAACAUAUUGCACUUUUCAAGUCUUCCAACCUCUAAGUGUCCGAGCAGAGAUCUGAUAUAGCAUCAGCAUGGACUUUGGAGAAUUACGUAGCAUUUACCUGCUUCAUAAAGCAACUAUUAUUAAUCCUUCUUGUUCUCUUUAUGCUUCAACAUGGACCAGGGGGCCUUUAAAAGAAAAGCAUCUAUUUUAAUAACAUGCAGAUGCUGUUUUUGCCCUUUCACAAAUCACAUCUUUGUACUUUUGUGCAUACAUACAUAAACAAGAUAUUUAAAAAUGUUCUGAUUAGCUCCUUUCCAUUUCCUUACUUUGCUGUUUUACAUCAAAAUACAUGUUCCAUCACAACUGUCAAAAAAAAUUACUCUCAAAAUAAAUGUUUUGGCUCCCUCUA